UUAUCUAUAUAAGCUCCCCAAUUAAAGACGGGGAUCCCUUCCAUCUAUCAUCUCUCUUCUCCCACUUCUCCUCGCACCGUGUUAAAAAAAGCCACCAUCAAGAAGAACAACGAAACAUGGGGGACGCUUUCUGUUCAGAUUGCAAGAAACACACAGAGGUAGUAUGCGACCAUUCAGCAGGAGACACAGUGUGUUCAGAGUGUGGUCUUGUCUUAGAAUCUCACUCGAUCGAUGAAACAUCAGAGUGGAGAACCUUUGCGAAUGAAUCAGGAGAUAAUGAUCCAGUUCGUGUUGGUGGACCUACUAAUCCUUUGUUAACAGAUGGUGGCCUUUCUACUGUUAUUGCUAAACCUAAUGGUGCUUCCGGAGAUUUCUUGUCGACUUCUCUUGGUCGGUGGCAGAACCGUGGGUCCAAUCCUGAUCGUGGGUUGAUUCUGGCUUUUAAAACCAUUGCAACCAUGUCUGACAGGUUGGGCCUUGUUGCAACAAUCAAGGAUCGGGCUAAUGAGAUCUAUAAGAAGGUGGAGGAUCAAAAGUCCAGUAGAGGAAGGAAUCAGGAUGCUUUAUUGGCUGCUUGCCUCUAUAUUGCUUGUCGACAAGAAGACAAGCCCCGAACUGUAAAGGAAAUUUGCUCUGUCGCCAAUGGAGCCACAAAGAAGGAAAUUGGCCGAGCAAAAGAAUACAUAGUGAAACAACUGGGUUUGGAGGCAGGCCAGUCUGUGGAGAUGGGAACUAUACAUGCUGGGGAUUUUAUGAGACGUUUCUGUUCCAAUCUUGGAAUGUCUAAUCAUACAUUUAAAGCUGCCACAGAAGCUGUUAAGACGUCGGAACAGUUCGAUAUAAGGAGGAGUCCUAUAUCAAUCGCAGCAGCUGUUAUUUAUAUAAUAACUCAGCUUUCAGACGACAAGAAGCCUCUCCGAGAUAUUUCACUAGCAACUGGAGUUGCUGAAGGAACAAUCAGAAAUUCGUACAAGGAUCUCUAUCCCCACGUAUCAAAGAUAAUACCAACAUGGUAUGCGAAUGAGGAAGAUCUGAAGAACCUUAGCAGUCCUUGAAUUAUAGAGUGAAAAAAUACCUGGAAGACUGGAGCCUUCCAUUACGGAUGGUAUUAAAGAAACUGUUGAGGCAUACAAAGGAAGCCCUCUCAUCAUUGUUUAUUUAGUUCUGCAGUCAAUUGCACCUUUAAUUCAGUGGUAGAAAGGAAAAGGAAAAGAAACAGUAAUCAACUUUAAUUUAUACUUGCUGCAGCAGCAGCAGCAAUUUUAAUUUAAUUUUGAUGUGUAUUGUUAUUAUUCUUCUUCAAAUGGUAAGCUCAGGUUUUCAACUCAUUUCUCUUUGUUUU